AUGCUCCCACUAAAAGGAAAGCUGGCCAUUGUGACGGGCGGUUCUCGAGGCAUCGGUGCCGCCAUUGUCAGAAGUCUGGCAAAACGCGGCGCAAACAUCUGCUUCAACUACACGUCCGAGUCGUCGGUUUCCAAGAGCGAGAAACUGAUACAGCAAAUGCGGAACGAACACAACAUCGACAUCAUCAGCGUCAAGGCCGAUCUGGCCGAGAAGGACGGGCCGGCAAAGGUCGUCGAGGCCGCGGGGCGGUAUUUUGCAAACAAACCGACUUCUAAUAGAGGUGGUGGUGGUGGUGAUGGUUGUUCACUCCGCGUGGACAUUGUCGUCAACAACGCCGGCGUGUGUCCCGCGCUGUUACUCCCGGACUGCACGGUCGACGAGUUCGAGUACACGUACAAGGUCAACGUGCUGGCUCCCCUGCUCCUCAUGCAGGCCGCGCUGCCGUACCUCCCGCACGACCGGUCCGGGCGGAUCAUUAACAUCUCGUCCAUCUCGGCCAACGUCGGCACGCCGGGCCAGACCAUCUACGGGGGCAGCAAGGCGGCGCUCGACGCCAUGACGCGGACCUGGUCGCGCGAACUGGCCGAGCGCGCGACCGUCGUGUCCAUCCACGCGGGCGCCGUGCUUACGGACAUGGUCCCCGCGCCGUUCGUGGCGGACGUCGUCGCCCACCAUAAUCGCAUCACUCCUCUCGCACGAGCCCGCGAGGGUAUCGACACCCCGGCGAUGAUGGCCGCGGCCAAGGGGAUUGGUGGGCGUGUCGCAUAUGACCACGACAUCGCCGAGGCUGUGGCGCAUUUCACGUUGCCCGAGGUGGGUUGGGUUACCGGCCACGUUAUCGGUGUCGAUGGCGGGUAUGAUUUUAUUCGGUGA